CAACUUCCGAGGCGACUGCAGCAAACACAGGGUGGCAACUCAUAGCUUCCAGUUCCUUGUGGGACCAUGGACAGAAUAAAUGUACCCCCUGUGGGCCCCAUGGACCUGCCGAUGUCCCUACUGGAGAUGGGUUGCUCUGGCAGGUUUGAGCUCAUCACACACCCCAUUCCUGGCCAGCCUUUUCCUCCACAGACCACGCUUCCCCAUGGACUUCCUCCCACCAGCCUGAACCUAGAAACUGAAGUAGAGAAACAGUUUUUACAGGACCCGGCCUGGCUCCCUAUUCACGAUACAGACUUUGCCUUUCAGAAGUUUCUUAAGGUGACUCAGAGAAAGGUUAAUGUCGACUCUCUGCUCAAUUGCGCUCCCUCUCCGCUGCACUCUGGGCUGGCUGUGGUCAGAGAUCCAACCACAGGAAUGUUGCUGGACUUCACAGAGGUGCUGGUGGAGAACACUGGUCUGUCGGCAAAGAACUCUCUGUCACUGCAACGUCAGCCUGGACCCCCAUCAGAAAGCCUUAGAGGAAGUAACACUAACUACCCCUUCCUACCAGGUGGAAUGGAAGAACUCACUCUGGACCAGAUUAAGAAGAAAUCUGAUCUGGAGGAAGAAAUAGACUUUGAGAGCGAUUUACUGAGAGUCCCUCCAGGACUCAAAGCUGGGAUGGAUUUCACUGAAAAAGAUGCCAAAAUAGCAAAGGCAGAGGUCAACCUCAUGUCCCUGCUGACCGCUCUGGAAGACAUCCCCGAUCUGCAGCUGGAGACGGAGGAGAAGGAAGCAGGCAAAGACAGCAAAGAAGCCCCAAAACUACCUAGAACAAACAGCCUUGAAGACUUGGGCAUCAAGGAUGCUGUGUCAUCCUCAUCUCCCUCAGACAAAAGAAAAGGGGAAAAAUCUAAGCCAAAAGAAAACCCAGAGGACAAAAGGAAAUGGGCCAUUCCUGUGGACAUAACGUCACCGUGUGAUGAUUUCUAUAAACGUAUUCCCAACCCAGCUUUCAAGUGGCCCUUUGAGCUGGACCUCUUCCAGAAACAGGCUGUGCUGAGGCUGGAGGCUCACGACUCCGUGUUUGUCGCUGCUCACACAUCAGCUGGCAAAACCGUGGUGGCCGAGUACGCCAUCGCGCUCUCACAGAAGCACAUGACCAGGACCAUUUACACAUCUCCCAUUAAGGCUCUGUCCAAUCAGAAGUUUAGAGACUUCAAAAACACCUUUGGAGAUGUUGGCCUCCUGACAGGGGACGUUCAGCUGAGUCCGGAGUCUUCCUGUCUCAUCAUGACCACAGAGAUCCUCAGGUCUAUGCUGUACAAUGGCUCAGAAGUCAUUAGAGAUCUGGAGUGGGUGAUCUUCGAUGAGGUUCACUACAUCAAUGACGCUGAGAGAGGUGUUGUAUGGGAAGAAGUCUUGAUUAUGCUCCCAGACCACGUCAGUAUCAUUCUCCUUAGUGCCACCGUGCCAAAUGCUCUGGAGUUCAGCGAGUGGAUCGGGCGCAUUAAGAAGAAGCACAUUUAUGUGAUCAGCACCAUGAAGAGGCCUGUGCCUUUGGAGCAUUACCUGUACACUGGAAACAGCACCAAGACUCAGAAGGAGUUGUUUCUGCUGAUGGAUGCCACAGGGAACUUCCUUACUAAAGGAUAUUACGCCGCCAUCGAUGCUAAGAAGGAGCGCACCAGCAAGCAUGCCCAAUCAUUUGGUACAAAAAAUACAUCCCAGAACACCACAGCCAGUCAGGACAGAUCGGUGUGGCUCACCCUCCUGCACUUCCUGUCCCAGCGCCAGCAGACGCCAGUGGUGGCAUUCACCUUCUCUCGGACUCGUUGUGAUGAGAACGCCCGCUCGCUGGAGUCCAUGGAUCUAACCACCUCCAUAGAGAAGGCAGAGAUCCACUCCUUCUUCCAAAAGAGCCUCAGUCGCCUGCGAGGAGGCGACCGACAGCUGCCUCAGAUUUUGGUGAUGAGGGAUCUCCUGAAGAGAGGCAUCGCCGUCCAUCAUAGUGGGAUCCUGCCAAUCCUGAAGGAGGUCAUUGAGAUGCUCUUCUCCCGAGGUCUCGUGAAGGUGCUGUUUGCUACAGAGACGUUUGCCAUGGGAGUGAACAUGCCCGCCAGGACGGUGGUGUUCGACAGCAUCAGGAAGCACGACGGGACCGGCUUCAGGAACCUGCUUCCAGGUGAAUAUAUUCAGAUGGCGGGGCGAGCAGGCAGGAGAGGUCUGGACGCCACAGGCACCGUGAUCAUACUCUGCAAGGCCGGCGUUCACGAAAUGGCAGAUCUGCACGUCAUGAUGCUGGGUAAGCCCACCAUUCUCCAGUCCCAGUUCAGACUGACCUACACUAUGAUCCUCAAUCUGCUGCGAGUGGAGGCACUCCGAGUGACGGACAUGAUGAGGAGGAGCUUCUCUGAGAGCCACAGGGACACUCAGGCUCAAGAGAAGAGGAUCUCCCAGCUGAAGCAGACGCUGUCCUCCCUUCCUCCUCUGGACACAGAGGGCCAGCUGUCCGACCUGAUGCCUUAUUACCACACCGUCACAGAGCUGCGGACCACCAAGGAAGCCCUCCAGGUCUGCCACACCCCCCAAGCCAUCCUGGAGUCUGUGAACGGACUGAAAGCUCUGUCUGUGGGUCGGGUCGUGGUGGUGAACAACAAACAGCAUCUGAACGCGUUGGGAGUCAUUCUACAGGUGUCCAAUGACGCAGUGAAUCGCACCUUCACAGCUCUCGUUAUCUGUGAGAAGGGAAACGAGGAAUCAGAAGAACAAGGCACCAACGACUCCGCUUUCCCACACCUCUUCAACACGGCUCUCUUCAUUCCUGAAGGCCCUUGCAGCCACACUGUGCAGAAGCUGAAGCUUCAGGACAUUUCAGCCAUCACAGUGAAAACCCUCAAAGUGAUUCCCGACAGAAUCAUCGAUAACUACAAGAAGAGACAACAACCACGAUUCAAGCUUGACCCUCCUGGGCAGGCCAUCUCCACGGCAACGCAGGAGCUCUUACGAUUGGCCGAAGCGAACCCCGGCGGCAUAGCUAGCCUGGACCCUGUCAACGACCUCCAGCUGAAGAGCGUGGACGUGGUGGAGGGCUCCAUGAGGCUCCGUGUGCUGCAGGAAAGCCUCAGGAGUUUCAGCUGCAUCCACUCGCCCACUUUCGCCGAGCAUUUUGCUCGGGUUCAGGACAGGAUGAGCGUGCAGGAGGAACUGGACCGGCUGCUGUUCCUCGUGUCGGACCAGUCCCUGACUCUACUGCCUGAAUAUCACCAGAGGAUCAAGGUCCUCCAGGCCCUCCAGUACGUGGACAGCAGCGGGGCGGUGCAGCUAAAAGGCCGGGUGGCGUGCCAGAUCAGCAGCCACGAGCUGCUGCUGACCGAGCUGCUGUUCGAGAACGUCCUGAGCCCGCUGGCGCCCGAGGAGAGCGCCGCCCUGCUGUCCUGCUUGGUCUUCACCCAGAACACACAGGUGGAGCCCCACAUCACCAACACGCUGCAGGAGGGCAUUGAUCGAGUGCUGUCAGUGGCAAAGAGGAUCGGUGAGCUGCAGCGAGAAUGUGGGAUACCACAGACUGCCGAGGAGUUUGUUGGCCAGUUCAAGUUCGGCCUGACGGAGGUGGUGUACUGCUGGGCCAGAGGCAUGCCCUUCGCUGAGAUCGCCCAGCUGACGGACGUCCAGGAGGGCACAGUGGUCCGCUGCAUCCAGCGUCUGGACGAGGUCCUGAAGGAGGUGCGGCAAGCCGCCCGCAUCGUGGGAGACUCCGUCCUGGGGAGCAAGAUGGAGAAAGCCUCCCUGGCCAUCCGCAGGGACAUCGUCUUCACGGCCUCCCUCUACACCCACUGAGGGUGUUGCCGAACGCCGCAGUCUGUGUGUGUGUGAAAGGUGUGAGAAGGAUGCGAAGCACUGUCCUCAUGGGGGAGGUGCUGGAUGUGCCUACAAAACAUGUCGAUGUUUACAUGACAGUGAAUAAUCACGAGCAGGAAACCGAUUUUAACCACCAGACCAAAGUUCAGAUCAGAUGAACAUGACAUUGGGAUUGUAUUUUAUUGUACAGUAAUAAAAAACCUG